AUGGCAUCAAAAUCCGCAGCUGUAAAGAGAGCUUUGAAAUUUUUCAUAAUUGCAUGCAUGGUGAUGGCGGCAUCUGCCAUGUCUAGGUUAAGUCUUCCUGCCCUGGAGCUGCCAGUCCAAGAGGUUCGAAAAUGCUGGGAACCUCUAAGAAAAAUCGACGGGUGCGUAAUGAGCAUUAGCAAACAACUAAUGGGAAUUAAGGGAUUUAGUUCUCCUUGCUGCAAAGUCAUCAAUCCGAUUUCUAGAAACUGCUGGCCAAAAAUAUUUCCUUUCUAUCAGAGGAUAAUACCUGUUGUCCUAAAGAAAGCCUGCACUGCCAUAGUACCACUGCAACGUCCUAGAGGCUGA